AUGAAGUUUGCGCUAAACUAGAGAUGGCUCAAGAGUCUCAAGAUUUACUUCAUUGAUCAGUUUUAAGUUCACCCUUCAUAAAAAAAAUAUAGAUAAGAAAAUCAUUAUAAUAAGAUAGGGGUGGAUAUGGAACAAAAGCAUCAGUAUUUUAUUCAGUAUAUGAUUAAAAACGGGAUUUCAACUGUAGAAAAUGCAACUACAUUCUGUGAAUAUGUUAGUAAAGGUGAAAUAAAAAAUAUGACACAUUUAAAAACCUUGAUACUGGAAAUCAAUAGAGAGAUUUCACAACAAUUCUAUAAAAUAGUACUAGGCAAUUGUGAAGUGACUAAUAAUCACCUUGUAUUAUGGCUGAAUACAAAAAAUGACAAAAUAUCUCAGUUACAGAAUAUAUACUCAGCUUUAGAACUAGAAUAUUUUCAUUCCAUUAUGCAAGAGAUAUUGAACUCUGAAGAACACAGGAUCACCUUCAUAGUUUGUAUCAAUAUUACUUCAACCCUUACAGAUUUUUUCUCUAGAGAUAAGGGACAAAAAGUCCUGAAUAAAUGGUUGAAGACUGGUUACUUUGUGAGAAAAAGUGCACAUAUUUACUUGGGACCAAGAAUGAUUCUGGAAUUCACAUCAUAUUUGAAGACUCACUAUCCAGAUGCUGUGUGUAAUCUUUGUUCAGAUAUAGUCUUUGUGGGAAAACAGUGUGCUUCAUGUCAAAAGACAUUUCAUUCCUACUGUAUAAACAAAUAUUUGAGUAAUCAAAAUAAAUGCCCUUGCUGCCAAACUAUAUGGAUAGGGACAGAUGAAGAUGGAGAAGAUGACGCUGAAGAUUCUGUGAAUCAGUCACAUAUGGUUACUGAUGAUGAUAGCCCAAAUUCACCUGUGAUGAGGUCUCAAACUCGAAACUCUGAAAAAAACAGAAAUCAUAGAAGAUCAACUGAAGAGGAUGUUUCAAAUAUGGAAGGCCGUAGCAUGAGAAAAAGGAACAAGUGAUUAAAAUCAUUUUUGUUAUUUUUUUAAGUUAUAUGAAUAACAUCAAUUAUUUUGCAAGGAAAAUAUAUAUUUUUUGAGGAAAU